GUAAAUUUUACAGAAAAUAGAAAGUAAGCCUUAUAGCAGCAGUAACAACCCUGAAGAGAAACAUGAUAACAUUUGAUGUAUCUGACAUGAUGAAUGCUGCCCCCCCUGAUACUCAUACAGAAGAUGCAACUGGAAUGGAGGAAACUCCAUCAUCAAUGGUGUCGAGCGAGGCCGAGUCCGAAGGCAGUGUGAUAUCGGAACAAAGACCCCAUGACGGUGAAGCUCCGAUGCCCUUCAGCGCCGACACCAGUAUCUCAGACGCUCACGCCUCUCAGGACAGGUCCGCACCAACACUCACUGCCAACGACUGGAGAAAUGUCGGCAAUUCACUGGCAACAAUCAUAUCUACCAGAGGCUCAAUGCUACCAUGGGGUCCACACAAAGGCCCCAUUAUACCACCCACAGAUAUGGACCUACGUCCGGGAGAGUAUGUCAUGAGGCUUUUAUUUACCGAAUUCACAGUUCAAGCUGAGAGGAAAAUGGAAGCAGUGAUGGCUGAACCACUGGAGAAGCCUUUGAACAAAACUCUUCAACGUGGUGAAGAUCCACAACUGGACCAGAUUCUAUCAGCAUUUGGCACUGUCGCUGAGCACUGCCUACCUUCUUUACUUCGGGCCUUGUUUGGCUGGCUUGAACGUCAAAUGGCUGAUUCACCGCAGCUCAGUGAACAAGCAAAAAAGCCACAGCAUGAUUCACGUAACAAAAGCAGCAUAAUCUACAUAGUAGCGGGCAGUGGUGCCGGCACGGAGACGACUGAACGUAGCUGCGAGGAGUUGCAAGCGGAGAGACGAGAUCUUGCCGUAGAGUUCCUCUUCUGUCUUGCUCUGAUAGAAGUGUUACGUCAACUGCCCUUCCAUCCGGGACACGAAGAUCUAGUGCAUUACAUUGAAACACUGGCUUUCAAACGAUUCAAUUAUAAAGAAGGGCUCCAAUCGAACCCAAACGCGGCGAACGUACAUAUAAUUGCUGAUCUGUACGCUGAAGUGAUCGGCGUCCUGGCGCAGUCACGCUUCUCCUCCGUGCGCAAACGAUUCACAGCCGAACUCAAGGAUCUGAAGUCCCGCGAACCAUCACCGCAUUCGACACAAAGCAUAAUAUCUUUACUGAUGGGCAUGAAGUUCUUCCGAGUGAAGAUGGUGCCCAUUGAAGAAUUCGAGGCAUCAUUUCAAUUUCUGCAAGAAUGUGCCCAAUACUUCCUUGAGGUGAAGGAUAAAGAUAUAAGACAUGCGCUAGCUGGACUUUUUGUUGAGAUAUUAGUACCGGUGGCUGCGACGGUGAAAAACGAAGUGAAUGUCCCAUGCUUGAAGAACUUUGUCGAGAUGCUGUACAGUCACACUUUAGAUGCGAGCACAAAGUCUAAGCAUCGUUUGGCGUUGUUCCCUCUCGUCACCUGUCUACUCUGCGUCUCACAGAAGCAGUUCUUCUUAGCGAAUUGGCAUUGCUUUCUCGCCAUGUGUCUCUCACAUCUCAAGAAUAGGGAUCCGAAGAUGUGCAGAGUGGCACUAGAAGCACUAUACCGUCUGCUUUGGGUGUACAUGAUAAGAAUCAAGUGUGAGAGCAACUCGGCCACACAUUCCCGUCUGCAGAGCAUUGUCAACUCUCUGUUCCCGAAGGGUUCCAAAGGUGUGGUACCUCGGGACACUCCCUUGAAUAUAUUCGUCAAGAUCAUUCAGUUCAUAGCCCAGGAACGAUUAGAUUUCGCUAUGAGAGAAAUAGUAUUUGAUCUACUUAUGGUGGGAAGACCGAUCAAGAUAAUUAUGACACCUGAAAGAAUGUCAAUCGGUCUUCGAGCGUUUUUGGUCGUCGCUGAUAGCCUUCAACAGAAAGAAGGUGAACCACCAAUGCCACGGACCUCGGGCACUUUGCCAUCUGGUAACACUUUGAGAGUUAAAAAGACUUUUUUGAAUAAAAUGUUGACCGAUGAAACGGCAAGGUCUAUUGGUAUGAGUGCUUACUUUCCGUACGUCCGACGUGUGCUGGUGGAGAUAUUGAGAGCAUUGGAUGCCCACUACGGCAGGCCAUUGAUGUUGACAAAUACACAGAAUGUUACCAAAGAACAAGAAAUAAAUACGGGCGAGAGGAAGCCUAGGAUUGAUUUGUUCAGGACUUGUGUUGCUGCAAUCCCACGGCUUAUCCCCGAGGGUAUGAGUUCUAGUGAGCUGGUAGACUUGCUGUGCCGACUGACGGUGCACAUGGAUGAGGAACUCCGGGGUCUGUCCUUUCAGAGCCUCCAGACCCUGAUCGUUGACUUUCCGGAGUGGAGGCAGGACGUGCUCGCUGGCUUCACGCAGUUCCUCGCCAAGGAUGUACAGGAUACUACACCUCAGUUGGUUGAGAAUGGUCUACGUAUGCUGCUCCAGUUGAUAACAAGCUGGAAGAACGGAGAGCCUGUGGUGACCGUGCCCGCGACACCCAUAAAGCACGAGCCACUGGUGUCUGUGCUCAGAGGUGCGGAGGCUCUAGGUCUGGUCAUGCUGUGUCAAUGCAAGUCAUAUCCUAGGAGAUUGGCUGUACAUAUACUGAGGGAAAUAAAGUAUUUACUCGAUAAGCUACAACUAACACGUGAAGAGCCGGCUUUAAUCGACGCUGCGGACGCGCAUGUGCCGUAUUUUGCUGAAAAAUGUCUACCGCUGUUGCCUCCUGCUGAGAAGCAAGCGAUACUAGCCGCGGGUCAGCCGGACCUCGUGUGGAUAGCGGAGCGUAGCCACGCCGUAUGGACUGCCGGUAUACAACAUGAUGAUACAUCGACUAAGAACAGCUGGAGUUCCAGUUCUACUAACGGAGCUGAUCCCUGGGAGGUAAUUUUGUAUGGCCUAUUGGAGCGAAGUCGUGUCCCUUCUCGUUGUCCGGCCACCGUACUUCAGGCUUGGCCAAUACUGCACGCUAGAAUACAUGCACUCUACACCAUUAUAGAACCAGCACCAGUCAGUGAUAAUCGCGCAUCGUUGCUCUCACGCAGUCCCGCUUUACCCAGAAAACCUGAGAAAGAAAGGGAUGGAUAUAUGCAGGUGUGGAAGUAUUACAUGACAAUGGCAUACCUAGUUGUCCCGGCCGUGCCCAGUCCUGUCAUACGAUGUGCUAGUCCAGAUUUGAGUCUCAGCCACGCGGAGCCGGAGGGGUGGGUCGGGCCGGCCGCGCUGACCGGCUCCAGCGAGAGCCUCAACGCCACCGGCGGCUUCUUCACGCUGCCCCUCAGCUAUGCCCGAGCGCACAGGCAUCACAAGCGGACGAGUUCGUCGCCGGACUCGCUGAGCGAGCGCAGCGGGGGAGAGGCGCGGGGCGCGCACGCCGCACCUGCUUCGCUCCACAAGCUAGCCGCGCCGCUGGUGCGCUGCGAGGUGCCAGAAGUACGCGACGCCGCCGUUUCAGCCUGCGGACAUAUCAAUCCAGAUGCACUUAAGGAUUUGUUCGAGGAGCUCUUGCCCAUUUUGCGGGAAGCUGUUGAUCGCAAACAAGAGAAUAUGCGGCGGCGACGUCGCCGAGACGCGCUUCGCUUGCACCUUAACAAAAUGUUACUCAUUAUUGCGAGGCGGAAUACGUUUUCCAGCAGUACAUUUGCGUUGGAGAGCGGUGGUCUUCACUCCUCUAUAACUGAGUACCUGGACGGUGUGCGCCAGUGCCUGGAGGCGGAGACGGACAAGGACGCGGCCGCAGCGCGCGAGCAACGACUUACCUUCGCAGACUUUGUCACUGAACUUGUCAAGAGCUUCCCUAUCGAGAUGUACGGUACUCUGAUGAAGAAAGAAUUGUGCCGCGGUCUGUUCUCACUGUUCGCGAGCUGUUGCGGGCCGUUAGCGAAGCACCUCGGCACGCUGGUGACGCAGCCACCGGCGUCCCAGCCCCAGCCGCAGCAGGCUCACGACACAGAUGAUAGGCUCAAUCUAUCCGCACUCACGGCGAUGAGCGCGCUCGUGUGCUGCGGGCCGUGCUUCGCCCCGUCUGCGCUCGCUGAAGAUGGCGCCCUCUAUCCAUGGCUCAGUGAAAUGCUCUCUUCUACUAACGAUAAGAUUUACGAACUGGCUCGCGAGACAAUCGUGUUGCUUUUGGAACGCAACCCCGAUAUUGGACCGCUAUUGGACUGGACGGUAGACAAGUGCUUCACUGGAACACCGCGAGUUGCUGAUGGGUGCUUUAUGGCAUUGGCGACUAUAUUUAGUGCUAGAGAAUACCCUUGCGACCACUACACGGCCAUCAUCAACGUGACGUUAAUGUGCACCGGUUGUCCGCGGGCGCCGGUUCACGAGAGCGCAUUGCAACUGCUGCAGCUCCUCGACAAGCGGUUCUUUGGCAGCGUGAGUCCCAUGGCGACGGAGGACGACGGUGAGUGCCCCCCGACAUCUCGCCUACAGCGACUUCUGUACAAUAAUAACUAUCGAGAUGCAACUCAUUCAGGACAAACAUCAGACAUGUGUUUUCAUUCACUCAAUUGA